CAUUACGCAUCAUGUUGUCCUAGUUGAAGCUAGACCAAAGUUCAAACAUAACUUGUAUUGUAUCACUGACAUUGCAACUAAUAUAUAUAUAUAUAUAUAUAUAUAUAUAUAUAUAUAUAUAUAUAUAUAUGACCUUAUAUUGAAACAUAUAUAGGGAUCACACUAGAAAUUCUCAUAAACAAAAAUGAUAAUUUAACUUUUUUUAAUUAAACUGUAAUUAAAAUGACCAACCAAACCAAACAUUAAUAUUCCUCCUCAAUUCUCCCUUCACUCUUUCACUUAUAACAAAUAAUUAUUUGCUACAAUAUGCAUUCAAAACUACUCAUAUGGACAAUUGAACCUUCUUUUGUCACUUCGGCGCCGACUCAUAUCCCGGUGGACUCCACAGUUCGGGACCUUAUUGAUCCUGAGACCGACAGCUGGGACGCGGGAUUGGUAUAUGCGUGUUUCCCUAUACCCAUUGCACAAGCUAUCUUAACUAUCCCACUUAGGGGGAGGGAGGAGCAAGACCGGCUAGUUUGGAGACAUAGCGAGGAUGGACGCUACACAGUGAAGAGCGGGUACAGGAGAUGGUUAGCAGGUUUUAUGCAGGAGAAAGGUAUUAGACCGAGUGGUGAUGCAAAGUUGUGGAAAGCUAUUUGGACUAUGAGAGUACCACCGAAAGUUCGCCAUUUUAUGUGGAAGUUCGCAAGAGCUAUAUUGCCUACGGGAGUGAAAGCGGCCGGGAGGAAUCCACGAUGGAGUGACGGCUGCCCUUUUUGCAGUCAAACGGAAACUCAAUACCACCUCUUCCUUGAGUGUAGUUGGAGCUGUCGGGUGUGGAGAGGAACGGUGUGGGAGAGGGUGUUCACGGAGCAUGGGGAUACGUGCAGCAUGAAGUGGGUUGAGAAGGUCCUGAAAAAAGAAAGCUCCGAUGUAGUGGAGUCUUGGGUAAUGCUUUUAUGGGCAGUGUGGAAAGAACGAAAUGCUCAGCUCUUCAAUGGCCUUAAAUGGCCGGAGCAAGAGAUUGUCCAGCGUGCCAUGACCAUUCUCGAGGAUUACAGGCAGAAUCAAGGCCCAGAAGAGGCCGCCCCGGACAGCCAGCCAGAAAGAAGAUGGACGAGGCCGAUGGAAGGCUAUAUAAAGCUUAACACCGACGCGAGGAUAGUGGCAAAUGAAGGGAUUGGAUUGGGAGCUGUUUUGCGUGAUCACCAAGGGCGAUUUCUAGCUGCUGCAGCUAAAAGAGUACGAGGACCCUAUGAAGUGGAGAUGGCGGAGGCGUUAGCAGCGGAGUUUGGCGUCCAGCUUGCGGGUCAGUUUCGAUUUAGGAGGCUGCAGCUCGAGGUAGAUAGCUCAACCCUUGUCGAGAAGCUAAGCAGGAGUCAGGAGAUCCAUUCUGAGGUUGGUACCAUCUGCAGGCGGAUCUUAAGCCUGCUCCAGGAAACGGACUCGAAUCCGAGAAGUAUAACCCAUGUGAGACGUACGGGUAAUGGUGCGGCACACAUUAUGGCUCAUAGAGAAACCCAGUGGGAUAACAGAGAAGUGUGGCUUGAAAGCCCUCCGAUUUUUCUUAUUGAUCAGGUUCGGCUGGAUGAUGUAACCAGUUCACUUUGAUUUAUAUUCACAGGUUACCCGUCAAAAAAAAAAAAAAAAACUUCUACGGUUCUACCCAACAAGGCCAACCUCCAUCCACCCUCAUCUUUCAGUUUCAGCUGUUAAACCACUUUUCGGAACAGCAAAACCAAACCAUCCACCAUUGGCAAACAACAUACAAACUUACAAGGAUACAACGACGACAAAUAAUCGUUACCAAUACUA